AGAACAGAAUAGAAGCGCCUCCUAGAAGAACCCCACCCGAGAAAAUAAGAGAAAAUCCAAUUCUUGAGUUAGAAAGGAGGGGUUUUGGUAGGGAGGGAGAGAGAGAAUUUGGGGUUUUUUGGGUGUGGGUGAUAGAGAGAGGAGAAUCUGAUUGAUUGAAUUUUGAGUGUUGAAGGAGAUGUACAUAGCUUCUAUGAGAAAGUCCUUCAAAGACUCUCUCAAAGUGCUUGAAGCUGAUAUCCAACAUGCUAAUACUAUGGCGUCAGAUUUUCCAAGGGAGUAUGAUGGUGCCUGUCUUCAGAUGAGAAUGUCAUAUAGCCCAGCUGCUCACCUGUUUCUUUUUCUAGUUCAGUGGUCAGACUGUCACCUAGCAGGCGCCCUUGGACUGUUGAGAAUCCUAAUUUACAAGGUUUAUGUAGAUGGCACAACUACCAUGUCUACUCAUGAAAGAAAAGCAAGUAUCAGGGAGUUCUAUGCGGUUAUCUAUCCCUCUUUAUUGCAACUUCAAAGUGGGGUCACUGAUACAGAGGAUAAAAAGCAGAAGGCAGCAUGCAUGGAGAGGUUCCGAAGAAGAGACGAUGAAGAACGGAGACAGCUUUCAGAAGUUGACAUUGAAAGGGAAGAGGAGUGUGGAAUUUGCAUGGAGAUGAAUAGUAAAAUUGUACUGCCUAAUUGCAACCAUGCCAUGUGCUUGAAAUGUUACCGUGAAUGGCGAUCAAGGUCACAGUCGUGCCCCUUCUGUCGAGAUAGCCUGAAGAGAGUAAACUCUGGAGACCUGUGGAUGUUUACUGAUAGUAGGGACAUAGUGGACAUGGCGACAGUGACGAGGGAGAAUCUUAGGAGGCUUUUCAUGUACAUAGAUAAGUUGCCGCUGAUUGUUCCAGACUCCCUUUUUGACAAUUAUGAUUCUCACCUUAGAUAGGUGCCAACUAGAAUCUGAAAUCUCCAUCUCUCAUGGUGUUUGGAUUAUUAGUAUUAAGCUCAAAAGAAGAAAAAGGAAAAAAGGGAAGCGCAAAGUUUAGGUUUUUUUUUUUUUCUUUUUUUCUUUUUUUCUUUUUUUCUUUUUCCUCCUGUUGCCAUUGCAUAAAAAGCCGACUGAAAUUGAUAUGCAAAUUGCAAUUUCAGUGCUUUCUUCCCACUUCUGGUUAGAAGAACCCAACUUGAGUUAUUUUCGUGAGUUGGUAGGUGAAGUUGAGACUUGAGAUAGAGAAUUAGAGAUGGGGAUCAUAACAUUGUAUCUACCACAUUUGUACAUUCUUGUAUAGCUUUCAUAUUUACGUAUAAAAAGCUUUGCAAUUUCCUCUA